CCUCCCACGCGGCUCGGGACAGGCCUGCGCGGCGCCGGAGACUCACGACCCGGCUUCUGGAGCGAUCGCAUCCCUGGCCCGUGGCCUCCCCAGCGGCUCCUCUUAUCUUGGCACCAUCAUGGCGCUCAACAAUUUCCUCUUCGCGCAGUGCGUCUGUUACUUUCUGGCCUUCUUGUUCAGCUUCGUGGUGGUGGUGCCAUUGUCCGAGAACGGCCACGACUUUCGUGGCCGCUGCCUACUUUUUACCGAGGGUAUGUGGCUGAGUGCCAACCUGACGAUGCAGGGGCGGGAGCGCUUCACGGUGCAGGAGUGGGGCCCACCGGCUGCCUGCCGCUUCAGCCUGCUCGCCAGCCUCCUGUCACUGCUUCUGGCCGCUGCGCACGCAUGGCGCACGCUCUUCUUCCUCUGCAAGGGACACGAGGGCUCCUUCUUCUACGCCUUCCUGAACCUCCUGGUCAGUGCCUUUGUGGUCUUCCUGGUCUUCAUUGCCAGCACCAUCGUGAGUGUGGGCUUCACCAUGUGGUGUGACACCAUCACCGAGAAGGGCUCCACACCCCACAGCUGCGAGGAGUUCCAGGAAACGGACUUGGAGCUGAACGUGGACAACUCUGCCUUCUACCACCAGUUUGCUAUCGCCCAGUUUGGACUGUGGGCCUCCUGGCUGUCCUGGCUGGCGAUCACCACUCUGGCUUUCCUGAAGGUGUAUCACAACUACCGCCAGGAGGACCUGUUGGACAGCCUGGUUCACGAGAAGGAGCUUCUGCUGGCCAGGCCUGCCUCCCGCACCUCCCUCCAGGGGGAGAAGAGUGCCGUCAUCUAGGCCGUGCAAGGGCGGCACGAGGGGGGCUGGGGACCCACCCAGGCUGGCCAACACAGCUCUGCAUGUGUCCCUUGGCCCCGCCCACCGUGAUCAGGGCACCUGAGUUCCCACGGAGAACGUGACAGUGAUGGGGCAGAGAUCCAGAGACUUGGGGAGGGGGUGACUUCCAGCUUCCAGUCCCGGCCUUGGUUAGUGUGACGCAUACUCCUUCACCCGUGUGAUCCUUUGUCUAUAUAUGUGCAUGUAUGUGAGCAUGUGUGUGGAUGGGAGUGUGACUGCAGAACUGAGGUGGUGGCACCGCCGCCGCCAGGUUCGCCGACUUUGCACCACCACAGGCUCCAGCACACCCUGCCUCUCCCAUAAGGGGCUGACUUCCCAUCCUAUAGCACUCAGCCAAGGUCCUCAGAAGGCACCGGAGAAGGCAGCAGGUAGAGGAUCCUGGUAGGAAUGUGGGACCCUGGGCUGGGCUCCAUCCCCUGCUCUGAGAGGCCAUCUUGGGCUGCUUGGCUGUAGUGGGAACGUUUCACUCUCCUCCCUUCAAGGCUUUCUAUGUGGCAUGGUUCUCCUUAUCGCAAGGGUGAGGCACCCCCCCCCCCCCAUUGCUGAAGAGGCCCUGCCCAUCUGGAUCUCAGUGAGCGCAUUCAGUGUUGCUGGCCCUAGUCUGAAGUUGUGCUCCAACGCUGUCUCCUAUUUCCAAGCAAGGUGAUCCUGACCUGGGUCUGAGGCCAGUGUCCACCAGUGGCUGGUGUGUUUCUAGGUGGAAGGCACUAGCGUCCAGGCUCACUGUGAGGAGCCUGUGUGUGUGAGGUGUCAGUUGGGCCCUAACAGUUGAAGCCAACAAGGAUGGUCAGAGUGCUGUGCAAGGGGGUGCCUGUCUGAGGAGGUCAGGGUCGGGCCGACUGCCACUUCAGCCUUCUCUGAGGGCUUUGGAGGUGGCCUUGCUGAGCUCCCAGAAGAGGAUCUGGUCUCCAAACUGACCUGGUCUCUUCUCCGCACCUUCACACAAGCCCUCAUCUGUGGGACAUGGGGACACUGCCUAGCCUUGAGAAUCCUUUGUCUCCCCAGAUUGGCUCCUUCCUCAUCUGCCUCAUAUCCUUACUAAGGCUGUAGCCCUCUAGGACCUGAAGGGACAGGAGGCUAGAUGGGGCCUCUGGGACCUAGGAUCUGCCUCAGGUGUAGGCCUACCUUGGCAGCUGCCUCUUUUGGAUUCUGGAGAGUUAGUCUGGGAUGCCUAGAUUGUCCCCCAGAUGUUGGUGUCCCAGGGACUCCUGGGGAAGGGCCUCUGGGCCUAGGAGUGUUGGCAGGACCUGUUGGCUGUAGCCAUGGGCAGGGGUGUCUGUCCAAGGGAGGUCUUAUGGGAUGGAUGGCAAGAGACAGGCAGAGGCGUCCCCAGGUUGCCUGCCAGCCACCUCUGCUCCUCUCCAGCCUGCUACAGGGACGCCCGGUUUCAGUCUUCCCGGACAAACUGAUAGCGAUGAGUCCUAUGCCUCUGUGUGUCCGAUCCUCAGGUCCAAAUAAAAUAAAGACGAAACAUCUGA